CUUCCGCUCACUUUCGUCACCUCGGUCUUUGGGAUGGAGAUCCUCCCGGAUCGUAAGCAUUUUCCGUCAAUCAUUCAAGCCACUUCGCAAACUAACAGUGCGCAGGCGAGCCAUUAUGGAGGUUCGCCGCCGUCACAGUCGCAAUCUGUCUCCCAUGCUUCAUCCUCGUCGGCUCCCUCAACUCGCGAGCCGGUCUUCACUGGUGGCGAUCCAAGUGCUACGCCGUGUGGAACAGUCUCCGCAGGAUACGGCCGGGACGAGACUCCGCCAACAACGACGACGAUUCACCAGCUUUCAGUCGUGCAACCACGAUCGUGGCUCCGACCACUGCGAACGACUACCCUCUGCCAAGCGACAUCUCAACGCACGCGAAGAUGGCGAGGCGACUGCGCAGACUUUCGUCUAGCAAGAAUGUUGAGAAGUUCUCUCCACCGCCUGUGCGUGAGGCCGUGGUUCGCGAGGAGGCCGAUGUCGUGCCGCAGAUGGAAGUGCAAUGGGGCGAGCCGCGGCAACAGGGCAUGUCGCGUCGGAUGAGCGAGAUGAUGGAUGGUGGUAUGUCGCCGUUGGCAAGGAGUAAUACGCUGAAAGAAGAGACGGAGGGUCCACAACGAGGAGGCCAGACAUAGCCACGUACGACGUCCUAUCUUGCUGAUAGGUCGAUGAGCUGUGAAUCUCACCCUCGGCUCUAGGCACGGAGCGCCCUCGCGGCCUGUCCACGUUCUCGCUCCCUGAGAGC